UGUCCUUUCGUUUUUUGCUAGGGUUUUAACUUCAUUUGUCUUAUUGUUCUUGUCUUCUUGAUGGCCGCAACACUCCAUUGGUUUCCUAGUGCGUUGGUUGGACCUUGAUGCCCUUCUCGGCGCUCGCGACUGAUAUUGAGAGACCCUGUUAGUGAAUUUUAUUUGGCAUUUGCGAAUCAGCUUGCUUUGAAAGAUGGGUAACGAUCCACCAAAUCCAACGGAGGGCAAUAUUAUCAAUAAGCAACAAGAAGCAGAUCCUGGUACUGCAAGAAAGGUUAGUGAACCUACAAAAAUUGAAACUUCUAGGAAAAGAUCUUGGGUUUGGGAUUUUUUUACUGAGGUUACAACUGCAAAUGGUAAACGUAGGGCAACAUGUGACUUUUGUAGUAAGAGUUAUGCAGCUGAUCCUAAACAAAAUGGUACCACAUCUUUGGGGAAUCAUUUAGUCAAUGUUUGCUUAUCUUCUGAAAACCCUUUUAGAGAAAAAGAGAUUGAGUUGGAGAAGGGUCAGACUACAUUGAACUUCGAGCCUGUAAAGCCAGGUGAGACAUUGUCCUCACUUACACAAUUUAAUCCUGUAAGAGCUAAGAAAGCCUUAGCUUGCAUGAUUGUAAAGGAUGAGUUGCCUUCUAGAUUUGUCCAGGGGGAGGGGUUUCGAGAAUUUUUGGCCGAAAUUUGUCCUAAAUGGAAAAACAUCCCAAGUCGUAUCACAAUUUCAAGGGAAUGUAUUUUGUUGUAUGAGAAGGAAAAGUCAGAGAUGAAAAAAGCCAUUAAAGGACAACGUUUUUGUCUUACUACAGACACUUGGACUUCUGUCCAAAAUAUGAAUUACAUGUGUCUUACAGGGCAUUUCAUUGACAGUAAUUGGAAAAUGCAUAAGCGAAUUCUUAAUUUUUGUCAAGUUGAGAACCAUAAGGGAUCAACACUUGGUAAAGCUGUAGAAACAUGUUUGCUUGAAUGGGGGAUAGAUAAGAUUCUUACCCUUACUGUUGACAAUGCUAGCUCAAAUAAUUUGGUCAUUGAUUUCUUGAAAAAGAAGACACAACAUAGAAAGGGGACUAUUUUGCGACAUGAAUUUUUACAUUUGAGAUGUUGUGCGCAUAUUUUAAAUCUUAUUGUUACUGAUGGAUUGAAAGAUAUGGAUGAGUGCAUUACCAAGGUUAGAAAUGCAGUAAAAUAUGUUAGAUCCUCUCCACAAAGGUUGAAGGCAUUUAAAUUGUGUGCAGAGAAAUAAAAAUUGCCUUAUAAACAUCAAGUUGUUUUAGAUGUGGCUACAAGAUGGAAUUACACUUAUGAGAUGUUACAUAGGGCUGAAAAAUACCAAAAGGCCUUUGAAAGAUUAGAGGAGGAUGAUACUAACUUUUUACGUGCGGCUAUGGAGGAAGAGGGUGGUGAUGGAGGGAGAAGGAUCACUUUUGGGGUUCCUACUGCUUCUGAUUGGGAGAAAGUAAGGUUAUUUGUGAAGUUUCUGAAAUUUUUUUAUGAUGCAACUGUGCGAUUCUCAGGAUCUCAACAUGUCACAUCUAAUGGUUUUAUUAUGGAGCUGUUAAUGAUUCAAGAUACUAUUGAGUCUGACUGUGCUUUAAGCGAUGAAAUGCUGAAAAAUGUGGCUGUGAAUAUGAUGGCUAAGUUUAACAAAUACUGGGGCAGCAUUAAUGCUAUGAAUGGUUUGUUGUUUGUUGCAUUUGUUCUUGAUCCUCGAUAUAAAUUAAAGAUGAUUGAAUUUUCUUUCAAUUCAGUCCCGGGAUUG